AUGGAUUCCGGCGACGCGUGGGGCCGCUCCUCCUCCACCUCCUCCUCCGCCGCCGCCGCGAGGCGCCUGCAGUCCCGCUACGAUCUGUACAUGGGGUUCGACGACGCGGACGCCGGCGGGGACGAGGUGGAGGCGCGCGGGGCGGAGGCAUACAACUGCCCCUUUUGCGGCGAGGACUUCGACUUCGUCGGGCUCUGCUGCCACAUCGACGACGAGCACGCCGUCGAGGCCAAGAGCGGGGUAUGCCCCAUCUGUGCUACAAGGGUUGGGACGGACUUAAUAGGCCACUUGACAAUGCAGCAUGGAAGUUACUUCAAGAUGCAGCGCAGGCGCAGAGUCCGAAAAGUAUCUUCUGGGUCCCAUUCUUUGCUGUCUUUGUUGAGAAAGGAUUUAAGAGACGGCAGUUUGCAGUCCUUUCUUGGUGGAUCAUCCUAUGUAUCUAAUCCUCCCGCUGCCGCCCCUGAUCCAUUUUUGCAAUCUUUAAUUUGUAGUUUGCCUGUGGCUGAACCAUCGAAAGAUUUUCGUUCCGACUCAUCUGACAAAACAUUUUUGCUAAAUAAAUUCCCAGAUGAAAAGAUCGUAGAGAGAGCUGAAACAUCUCUGUCCAAGAAGGAUCAGAAAGAGCGGGCUCAAAGGAGUGCGUUUGCCCGUGGGCUUGUGCUUUCCACAAUAUUUGAUGAUGAUACCAUGUAA